AUGGCCACAACAACAGUGACCGGCCACGGACGACGCGCGUCCAUGCGACAACCGGAAUUGCAAGUGCCCACCAAGACUCCCACCUCCCAAUCCACCAGCAGCCCAGUCGACAAGUUCCCCCCAUACGAUGAGUCCUUGGAUGCUGUUCCGGGGUCAAGUCCCGCAGUGAAAUACUCGCAGGAUAUCUGGGAACCACGGAGGACAGGCUCCUACGCGCGGGUUCCCACCAACGGCGCCGUGAGGAAUCCCAAACACCGAUCCAGGAAAAGUAUCAGCGAGGCCAUCACAACUAUCCGCACCCGCAACGGCAGCGUCAGUCAGAAUGCGCAGGAGCUGGCUUCGGCGCUCCGAGCACCAUUAUCUUAUCGAUUGAUUACACUCUGUCUGAUUUGGUAUCUGACGUCGGCGUUGACCAAUACAUCCUCGAAAUCGAUCCUGAAUGCGCUUCCCAUGCCCAUCACAUUGACAAUUGUGCAAUUUGCAUUUGUCUCCAUCUGGUGUCUGCUGCUAGUCUACCUCUCGACGGUCAUCCCGUGGCUGCGGCAAACCGUCCCGGCACUCAAGACCGGAAUCCGCUACCCUUCCCGUGAUGUGAUCUCGACGGCCUUGCCUCUGGCAGUCUUCCAGCUGGCGGGUCAUAUUCUGAGCUCGAUGGCCACCUCACAGAUCCCCGUCUCACUAGUCCAUACGAUCAAGGGACUGUCCCCGCUGUUCACAGUGAUGGCAUACCGGGUGCUGUUUCGGAUUCAGUACGCCAGAGCAACCUACUUGUCGCUGAUCCCUCUGACCGUGGGUGUCAUGUUGGCCUGUUCCACCGGAUUGUCGACGAAUCUCUUUGGCAUCCUCUGCGCACUAUUGGCAGCUCUCGUCUUUGUUUCGCAGAACAUCUUCUCCAAAAAGCUUUUCAAUGAGGCGGCCCGUGCAGAAUCCGAGGGGCCGGGUCGGCAGAAGCUAGACAAGCUCAACCUGCUCUGCUAUUGCUCAGGAUUGGCCUUUCUUCUCACCUUACCGAUCUGGUUUGUCAGUGAGGGCUAUCCCCUGAUCGCCGAUAUCAUCAACGACGGUGUCAUCUCGCUAUCGGGGAAAAAGGGAUCACUAGACCAUGGUGCCCUGCUAGUCGAAUUUGUGUUUAACGGCGUCUCACACUUUGCGCAAAACAUCCUUGCCUUCGUCCUGCUGUCAAUGAUCUCCCCCGUUUCUUACUCGGUUGCUUCCUUGGUCAAGCGAGUGUUUGUCAUCGUGGCCGCGAUUCUGUGGUUUGGCAGCACCACAACCCCGAUCCAAGCGGUUGGCAUUGGCCUCACUUUUGUGGGUCUGUAUCUAUAUGAUCGCAACAGCCAUGACGACGUGGCCGAUCGACGGGCCAAUGCGGAUCACUUUCGCGCGCGCGAGUCCAUUCUCCCUACGAAUGUGCGCAGCGCAAGCAAGCCGUGGGAUUCCAACGGGUAUGCCUUCCCCUCGGGCUCCGCCUCCAAUCAUGGCGUGCAGCCAAUGCCAAAUAACUCCAAGAAGGAGGACGAUGGCCUUGGCCAGGUCCGACCACGAGGGUCCAGCGUUUCCCACGCGUGGCUGCCGGGAACUAAGCAGGAAUCGACGUGGCAGUCCACCGACACCCCAGCGGCUACCUAG